UCAGUUGUUGCUAUAGAUGGCCAAACUGUCAUUUACCAACCUGCCACCAGAUUCACACACAAGACACAUCCGGCCAUGGCGGCCAUUUGUAUGUGUGUGUGGCGCACUUGUCCUCCGAUUUGAUGUUUGCAAUGAACUCCGACCUAACAGACACACAGACACACAGACAGCCAUCCACCUCCUGGGAGUGUGUGUGUUUGUGUCUGACUUGGCCUGUGUGAUGGUGUCGGUGAUGUGAGUGUUGGCGGCCACGGUGUCCAUCAGAGCAGCCAGGCGCUUCUUGAGUUGUGCGUUUCUUUCACAAACAAACAAACAAACACACACACAAAGACGCAGUGGUGCUGUGUGUGUGUGUGUGCGCGCGCCCCUCCCAGCCGACUCACUCCUUCUUGAGUCUGGCGUUUUCCUCGUUGACGCGCUGCUGCUCGAGUGCAGCCAACGCGGCCUCACUCUGAGCACGGGACGAACGACCUGAACGUUAACACACACACAGGGAGUAGCAGAGAGAGGGAAAGGGAGGCUGUCCAUCCAUCCAUCCAUCCAUCUGUGUGUGUGUGUGACGAUGCCUUUGCAGAUGAGCAUGGCUUCAUAGGCGGGGUCGUCCGGCUGGUCUCUGAGCAGCUUGAGGAUGAGAUCGUCCACAAACGGCGUCAA